AUGCCCCGCAUCAGGAAAAAGACCUCGAACCGUCAGAACACCCGCGACCGCGCGAAGAUCACCAAGAAGGUCGCCGAGCACAAGAAGAAGAGCAAGCGCAAUGGAGCCAAGUCUGAGACCUGGAAGGCCAAGAAGAAGGCCGACCUUGGCGUUCCCAACUCGUUCCACAUGAAGGGCCAGGUGCUCGCGGAGAUUGCCGAGGAGAAGCGUCUCGCCGCUGAGGCGCGUGCCAUGAAGCGCAAGGGUGUGGUCGAGGCCGAGGAGGACGCACCGGGCAUCUCGUCCGUCUCUGGAUCUUCUGUGUCUACCCGACCCAUCUCGGGCGUGUCGGCGCUGCCUGUCGUCGUCGCCGCUACCGAGGACGACGCCCCUGCCCUCCUGGACUCGGACCUCCCCACCCUCCAGGCGGCUCUUGAUGCCGCGGACGUCCUCCUCGAGGUCGUGGACGCACGCGACAUUGCCGGCUCGCGCAGUCUCUCUGUCGAGACUCUUGUCACUGAGGCUGGUGGCAAGGUCUUCAUUGUUAUCAACAAGGCCGACCUUGUUCCCCGUGAGGCCCUCGCCGCAUGGGUCCAGGCCCUCCCCCUCCCCGCCUUCGUCUUUUCGGCCCGUGAGGGUGGUCUUGGCCGUGAUGAGCUCCUCGCUGCCCUCGCUGCUGCCUCCAAGGCCAAGAAGGGCAAGGAGACCCUCAAGGCUGCCCUUGUUGGUGGACCCAACGUCGGCAAGACCUCGGUCCUCAACGCCCUGCUUGGCCGCGCCCAGUUCAAGACUGCCCCCUCCGUUCCCUCGGCCGCCAUGGCCAAGAACCCCGCUCCCACCACUUCGGCAUGCGUCGAGGUUGAGGUGUCCCUCCCCAAAAAGGGCAGCGUUAGCGUGAUCGACACUCCCGGCUGGGAGUUUGUUCCUGAGGACGACGACGACGAGUCGGACGAUGAGGACAACGACGAGGAGGUGGAGGAUGUGGUUGCUGAGGAUGACGAUGAGGAGAUGGACGAGGACGACAUUCCUGAGCUUGAGGUUGACGAGGACGAGAAGUGGGAUAUUCUUGAGGCUCGUGUUGCCGGUGACCUGCUGAGGCGCAACCUCGGCCGUGUCGACAAGGUCAAGGACGUCUUCCCCCUCGCCAACUGGAUCAUUUCGCGCUCCAACCCCCAGGACCUCAUGCUCCGUUACAACGUCCCCUUCUUUACCCCCGGUGACAUUGAGGCCUUCCUCACCGGCCUCGCCCGCGUUAACCAGCGUGUCAAGAAGCACGGCGAGCCCAACCACGACGCCGCUGCCCGCAUUGUCCUCUUCGACUGGGCCCACGGCACUUUCCCAUACUACACCACCCCCUCCAAGGAGGAGCAGACCGCCGACGUCAAGGGCCGCCCUGACAUGUCCGCCGUCCUCGAGCAGUGCAAGACCCGCAAGGAGCUCAAGACUUCGGGCAAGGGCCUGGUCCGCUUCCAGUCUGGCGAGGUCGAGGACCGCGAGAUCUUCCUUGACGACGACUACACUGCCGUCGAGCCCGAGGCCGACUCGGAUGAGGAGGAGGAUGACGUCGACGAGGAGGACGAUGACGAGGACGCGCUCCUGGUCGGCUCUGACGAGGGUGAGGAGCUUGAGCUGGAGGACGGCCCUGAGCCUUCGUCGGGCAGCGAUGUCGAGGAGGAGGUGUCUGAGGAGGAGUCCGAGGAGGAGGAGGAGCCCGUCCCCGCGCCCCGUCCCGGCAAGCGCAAGGCGCCUGUUUCGCCUUCGGCCCAGGAGUCCAAGAAGGUCAAGGUGACCAAGUCUGUCUCGUUCAAGGCCAAGCUUGAGGCUCCCCGCCACGUCCCCAAGCCCGUCAAGGAGGUCAGGCCCAUCCUCAAGGCCCCCAAGGCCGCCGCCGCUGCUGCCCCUGCUCCUGCCAAGAAGCAGGCCAAGGUCGCCGUCGAGUCUGCUUCCGAGAAGAAGACCCAGGCCGAGCGCAAGGCCCUCCGCGAGGCCAAGCUCGUGGCCAAAAAGGAGGCCGCUGCCGCUGUUGCUGCCGCUGCUCCCGUCCCCGUCCAGUCCAAGAAGCGCAAGGCCGCCGCUGCCCCCGUCGCUGCCAAGACUGAGGUUAAGAAGAAGGCCAAGGUCAACGGCAACAACACUUCCAACGUUGCUGCCGGCGAGGUCGCAUACGACUUCUCCAAGCACUUCUAA